GGGCCGAGCGCAGGCUCAGGUCGGAGCGCGCCGGUGUGGUGCGGGAGCUGUGCGCGCAGCCCGGCCAGGUGGUGGCCCCCGGAGCUGUCUUGCUGAGACUGGAAGGAUGCAGCCACCCCGUUGUCAUGAAAGGGCUUUGUGCCGAGUGUGGCCAGGACUUAACCCAGCUGCAGAGCAAGAACGGGCGGCAGCGGGCACCACUCUCCACAGCCACCGUGUCCAUGGUGCACAGCGUGCCUGAGCUGAUGGUGAGCUCCGAGCAAGCUGAACAAUUGGGACGGGAAGAUCAGCAGCGACUGCAUCGGAACAGGAAGCUGGUGCUCAUGGUCGACUUGGACCAGACCUUGAUCCACACGACGGAGCAGCACUGCCAGCAGAUGUCAAACAAGGGCAUAUUCCAUUUCCAGCUGGGCCGCGGCGAGCCGAUGCUGCACACGCGCUUGCGUCCGCACUGCAAGGAGUUCCUGGAGAAGGUUGCCAAGCUAUACGAGCUGCAUGUCUUCACCUUUGGCAGCCGGCUGUACGCACACACUAUCGCAGGCUUUUUAGACCCUGAGAAGAAGCUUUUUUCUCACCGAAUAUUAUCGCGGGACGAAUGCAUUGACCCCUUUUCUAAAACGGGGAACCUCAGAAAUCUCUUUCCUUGUGGAGACUCAAUGGUUUGCAUUAUUGAUGACCGAGAAGAUGUCUGGAAGUUUGCCCCCAAUCUGAUAACCGUGAAGAAAUAUGUCUACUUCCAGGGCACAGGCGAUAUCAAUGCUCCUCCUGGGUCCCGGGACACUCAGAUGAGAAAAAAGGUAAACCAUUCUUCUAAAGGUGCUGAUGCCUCAGAGCACACGCUGUCUGGGAAGGAUCCUGAAGAAGGAAAGCCUGCUUCUGGGGUGGAGCAGAGCAACGGCCUCAGAAAGCCCCCCACGGAGCUGAAUGGCAGCAAGGCGGGGACCGGGGACCCCUCCAGUGGGGACACGCCUGCCCAUGAGAAAGCAGAUGGGAACGACCCUUUGUGCCCGGCCCUGAGUGCCGUAACUGGCAGCAGUGAGCCGGUCGGUGGGAAGGAGCCCCUGAUGUCUUUGGAACAGGGUGGUCGAGCAUCACCAGACCAGCAGUCUGCUCGUGGCACCCCAGGGAACGACCUGGAUUUCGACUUGUCCAGUGACAGCGAGAGCAACAGUGAGCUCGACGGCCACAGGUCCUCCUCUUCCUCUGCCUCUGACAGCGACAGUGAGGGGAAGAGAGGACGCAGGAAGUCUAGGGUCACACGGAAGGGUACAAGCACCCACCCCAGAGCAGAGAAGCCCACGGGGGUGGCCCCCUCUGGCACGUGCGGAUCCAGUGUCCGCCCACAGGACAAAGGCCCUGACCUUGAGGCACCGGAGGAGGGCGAGCAGGGUGGCCUCUGUGACCUAGGGAAUGGCUGUGCUGACCGGAAGGAGGCCGAGACCGAGUCCCAGAACAGUGAGCAGUCAGGCAUCACUGUGGGCGAGUCCCUGGACCAGAGCAUGGAGGAGGAGGAAGAGGAGGACGCUGACGACGAUGACCACCUGGUUCACCUCGAGGAGAUCCUUGUCCGGGUGCACACUGACUACUAUGCCAAGUACGACAGGUACCUCAAUAAGGAGACAGAGGAGGCCCCAGACAUACGGAAAAUCGUCCCAGAGCUGAAGAGCAAAGUGCUAGCUGACGUCGCCAUCAUCUUCAGUGGCCUGCACCCUACCAACUUACCUGUGGAGAAGACCCGGGAGCACUACCACGCCACGGCCCUCGGGGCCAGGAUCCUCACCAACCUCGUGCUGAGUCCUGAUGACCCCAACAGGGCCACCCACCUGAUCGCGGCAAGGGCCGGCACCGAGAAGGUGCGCCAGGCCCAGGAGUGUAGGCACCUGCACGUGGUCAACCCUGACUGGCUGUGGAGCUGCCUGGAGCGGUGGGACAAGGUGGAGGAGCAGCUCUUCCCCCUCAGGGACGACUAUGCCAGGACGCAGAGCAGGGAGACCAGCCCCGCGGCCUUCGCCGACAGGCAGAGUGCCUUCCAAACGGCCUUGUUCCAUCCCACGCCUGUCCACCCCAGGAGCCUCCCCAACCCCGAGGCCCGCAUCUAUGACGCCAGCACCGGGAAGCUCAUCAGGAAGGGCACACAGCCCACAGCACCACCCCCGUACGCGCAGGCCCCCGCGCCACCUACCUCGCUGCCGGCCCAUGGGGAGCACUCCUCCUUCAGAGUUGUUCAGCCACAUCAACAGCAGAUGUUUGAUGAAGAGUUGCGUGAUAACCCAGAUGAAGAGCAGCCUGGUCCUUCUAGAAGAAAACGGCAGCCCAGUAUGUCAGAGACAAUGCCGCUGUACACACUUUGUAAGGAGGAUUUAGAGAGUAUGGACAAAGAGGUGGAUGACAUCUUAGGAGAAGGCAGCGAUGACAGUGACAGUGAAAAGAAGAAGCUGGAAGAGGAGGAGGAGGAGGGGAAGCCACUGAGCGGGGAGGCCGAGGCCCCAGGAGCUGAAACAGAGCCAAAGUCUGCGUCGUCUUGGUCAAGUGAGCAGAGCCUGGCAGGUGGCAGUGUGCCCAGGGGCCACAAGAGGAAGCUGAACGAAGACGACGUGGCCAGCGACUCCAGCAAGGAGUCCAGCAAUGAAGACGAGGAGGGCAGCAGCUCGGAGGCCGACGAGAUGGCCGCAGCCCUGGAGGCCGAGCUGAGUGACUUCAUGUGACCAGCAGGGGUGGGACAUGAGUCCUGUUCCUCAUCCCGGCCCACCUCAACAUGGGUUCCUGUUCACCCAGAAAGACACGUAUAUUCAUACAGAAACACAUUAUUUUACAGAAAUAGGUGUUUUUAAGACAUUUUACUACAGGAAAGUAUACUUUUUUAAGUGACAGGAGUAUUAAAGGGGAGUUGGUGUGCUCUAUGCCAAAGACACUGUAAACGCUGUGAGCUCCCGUGGGGGGCUGAGCCUUGUGACUUGUCAUCAGGUAGUGAGGUGGUUUUUUUUUGGGGGGGGGCAGGGGUUUCCCUUUAAAUACCACAGCAUAUUAUUUAGAGUAAGGAAUUUGGGGGGAUCAGACAAGACAUAAAGAAUGAUAUAGCAAGAACCCGAUAAUCUUUUGGCUUUUUUUCACAACUAAAGCUAUUGGGGUAUUAAAGGAUUUUUAAAUGAAACAUGUAUAAAUGCUGAGAAUCGUGUGCACAGGCCUGGUGAUGCCCCACGCCGCUCAGACAAUGCAUCAUGCUGCGCUGUUUUCAUGGGGCUGUGUGCCAAUAGGCCUGAGAACUGCUCAGUUUUUAGCUUUGCUGCAGGUCGACCUGCCACAAGGACCCGCUUCUGGGGCUGAUGAUCAAGAGGGGCAUCAGUGGCCUUAGAGAGCAUUUUUUUGUGUCUUUGAGAGAUCAGAUGUAAAGUGUUUGUAUAUCUGUUUCAUAUUUGACCCACCAAGAAGA